AUGGCUGAAGAAAACAAACAAAGUGAUGAAAGUGAGAGUAGUAAAUCGAUAACUGAAUCUCAACCGAGAAAUGUAAACGAUAGCUAUGACAUAUACGAUACUGAUAUUAAAGCAGAAGACUUCACGCAAACGUUUGAUCCAGGUUCACCUUCAACUUCAAACCAGAGUGAUGGGCAACCUGAAAACGCCGACCAGCCUUUAGAUGAUGCUGUUGAUGAGUUACGACCUUUGGUGGAUAAAGAAAAGAUCGUUUACGAUUUAGAAGCACGCCCUAUAACUCCACCACCACCACCUCAACCUGAAGUACCUCCAGACGGUGUGAAUGAAAGUGUUCCUCGAGCUACCGUGAUAUACCGAGGGGGGUGGGGGGCUCUGCCCCCCAAGGACCCACCUGCUCCACCACUAGUGCAUCCAAUAGACAGCGUCAUCUUCCUUCACACAGGUCCGGGAACUGAGGAGUGUCAUAAUAUCAUGGAAUGUACGGAGAGAUUACAGCAACUCCAGAGGAAACACAUGUAUGAGAGAGGGAUGCCGGAUAUACAGUAUAAUUUCAUGGUAACCAGUGACAACACAGUGUAUGAAGGACGGGGAUGGCACCGUAGCGCGACUAAGGACCUACUCUACAAGCACUAUGACGGAAGAAGUCUUGACAUUUGUUUCAUAGGUGAUUUUACAAACAGAAUACCAAAUAAAGAUAUGACAAUGGUGGCUCUAUCAAUAAUCAACGAAGGGAUCGACGGAAAUUAUUUAAAAGAAACGUUAAAUUUCGUCCCAGUCCGACGAGUCCGCCCAAUCACGAUAAAUUUUAGGAAUCAUUUUGUAGUCAAAAAGUCAAAUGAUUCAUAGUUGUUCAAAAUACUUUUGUGGGAUGUAAUAGAAUCUAUUUCGUUACUAAUGCCAAUAAACCGAUGAUUUAUGGUUUUGA